CAGGAAAGCGGUGGCGCGCACGCACGCACGCACGCACGCCGGCGGUCGGCGGGGCGGCAGUCUCGCGCCUGGGCUCGCCCCGCGGCGCGCCAGAGGCUCGCGCACUCAGCAGGUUGGGCUGCGGCGGCGGCAGCUGGGGGAACUGAGGUGCUGCGUGUGAGAGGUCCCAGAAGCGUCUGCGGCUCCACCUCCGCACCCUCCGCCUCUCCUACCCCAGUCCCCGUGCGGAGUGCUGCGGAAGGGAACGGCGAUAGCCUGGGGGACCCCGAGCACACCCGUGGCUGCUUCCAACACCGCCCUACUUCCCUUCCCAGCCGCGGGCCUCGCUUGGUGCUAGGCGACUCUGCGGGGAGGCGGCGGUGACGGCUGCCUGUCUUUGGAGAGACCUGCUGCCCUCCGGCCUUGCUUCUCCGCCGGGCCCUGCAGGGGCCGAGAGAGCUCGGCGCCCUCCCUUCCGCUCGCCUUCGACUGCCGGUUGGAGCAGCGUCGGUCCGGGAGGUCUCUGGGCUGAGCCAGCGUCAGCUCCUCCGGCUCCAACAUGUCCGCGGGCGGAGACUUCGGGAAUCCGCUGAGGAAAUUCAAGCUGGUGUUUCUGGGGGAGCAGAGCGUUGGAAAGACAUCCUUGAUCACCAGAUUCAUGUAUGACAGCUUUGACAACACCUAUCAGGCAACAAUUGGCAUUGACUUUUUAUCAAAAACAAUGUACUUGGAGGAUCGAACAAUCAGGCUGCAGCUGUGGGAUACUGCGGGUCAGGAACGGUUCCGUAGCCUCAUUCCCAGUUACAUCCGUGAUUCUGCUGCAGCUGUAGUAGUUUACGAUAUCACAAAUGUUAACUCAUUCCAGCAAACCACAAAAUGGAUUGAUGAUGUCAGAACAGAAAGAGGAAGUGAUGUUAUCAUCAUGCUAGUAGGAAAUAAAACAGAUCUUGCUGACAAGAGGCAAGUGUCAAUUGAAGAGGGAGAGAGGAAAGCCAAAGAGCUGAAUGUUAUGUUUAUUGAAACUAGUGCAAAAGCAGGAUAUAAUGUAAAGCAGCUCUUUCGACGUGUAGCAGCAGCUUUGCCUGGAAUGGAAAGCACACAGGACAGAAGCAGAGAGGACAUGAUUGACAUAAAACUGGAAAAGCCUCAGGAGCAACCAGUCAGUGAAGGAGGCUGUUCCUGCUAAUGCCCCAUGGUAUCUUCAACCCUUCUUCAGAAGCUCACUGCUUUGGCCCCCUUACUCUUUCAUUGACUGCAGUGUGAAUAUUGGCUUGAACCUUUUCCCUUCAGUAAUAACAUAUUGCAAUUCAUCAUUGCUGCCUGUCUCGUGGAGAUGAUCUAUUAGCUUCACAAGCACAAAAAAAGUCAGUGUCUUCAUUAUUUAUAUUUUACAAAAAGCCAAAAGAUUCCAGCAUAUUCCAGUGAUAACUUUAAAUAUUAGAUACAUUUUCUUAACAUUUUUUCCUUUUUUAAUGUUAUGAUAAUGUACUUCAAAAUGAUGGAACUCUCAACAGUAUGAGUAUGGCUUGGUUAAGGAACAAUAUGUUCACAGUAGCACUUGCCUACCUACUUGAUCUCUCCCUCCUUUUCUCACCUCUCCCUUAUCCCCAUCCCUAUUGUUACCCUCCCUCCCUUAAAACAAACAAAAGGAGGCAAAGCAGCAGUCAGACCAAGCCCACUGGAAGUAUCCUUCACUUUUACAGAUACCACUUUCUGUAGGCCAUGGGGCUAAGAUGCCCAAAAUUAUUCUUGAGCACUGAUAUAAAUUACUUAGACCUUCUUUGAGGUCAAAACUCAGCUAUUAUGGUGGGCAGUGCUUGAAUGAGAAAAGGGUUCUGGUUCAUCUUCAAAAUAAGUCCUAAUGAACAUUCUGAAUACAAGUAGAGGAACAUAAAAUGUAUUUCUGACCGAAACAAAUGACCCUUUCACGUGUGCUUUAUUAGACUCCGGGAGAAAAGAAAAACCAGGUACUUUAGAACAGAUUUUUAAUAUUUAACUCUUCAUGAUAAAAUUGUAUAGUUCUAAUGAACUGUUUCUCCCAAAAUUUUUAAAUUGUCAAGAUAGGGUUAUUCUGUUUGUUUAAAAAGAAAAAGAGCCUUUUUAAGCAAUAGAAUUCACUUUUUCUUUCUUUUUCAAAAAUGCUAUGCAGGCAAGGCAGUAUAAAAGUCUAAUUUCUUUAAGAAGAGCCAGUGGAAGAAUUUAAAUUUGGUACCAUGAUCAAAACUACUGUAACUAGUGGAAAUAAUGAUAUCUAAAGCUUACCAACAGAAGAACCCUCAGCAGAACAGCAAAUACUUUGCUCUGGACGUUUGAGGUCAAAUUGAGGAUGGAAACAGCUUUCUUGUAAGCCCCUGGAGGCAGAUCAGAAAAAGCAUACAUAGAAGAGGGAAAGAAGAGAAUGGAAAUAAAACUCAAUAUUAUGCAGAUUUAUGCCUUAUUUUUUAACAUUUUUUAAAUGUUGGGUCUUUCAGGCUGGUUUUGCUUUUUAUUAGAUCUGUAUAGUUUGGCUAAUUAACUAGUGAUUUAGUUUUAUAUUUAAGCUACAAUUAAUCUUUUUUCUUUGGUGAUAUUUAUUUCUCUGCCUUUUUUAAAAAAACUACUUCAGUUUUUAGAUGUUUUGUUGAAUCUGUUUAGAGCUUCAUCACCAUGGCAAUAUGUACUUCCCUUAAAACACUGCAAACAAACAUACUAGGAGUGCACCAUUUUAAUCUUUACUAGUUAUUGUGAGAUUGCUGUGUAAGUUAAUAAACACAUUUGUAAAUACAUUGUUUGCAGGAAGAACAUUUCUGAGUUACAGCUCAGGAAAAGCCUGCUGAAUUUAUGUUGUUAGCAUUACUUAACACAGUAUAAAGAUGAAAAGACAACAAAAAUAUCUUCAUACUUCCUUAUCCCCUCAUUGCAACAAAACCUUUAACUGGGAGAACCUUAUUCCCCUCUCUUUCUUCUUCCUCCUCCACUUCCCAGUUAUUGUCAUCUUGUAAUAUUCAGAGAGCACCUGGAUUAUGGACCUGAGUAGAGAAAUGCUUUCAGAUAAUCAUUAGCCCACAUACCAGUAACUUAUACUCAAAGAUGGGAUGGAGUUGUAAAGUGCUUUUAUAAUACAAUAUUGUUGUUAAAGGCAAGGGUUCACUCUUUUGUUUUAUUUUGACAUGGCAUGUCCUAAAAUAAAUAUCAAUUAAAUAUGGCAAAUGGGUCAUAUUCUUUAUUUGGAAGAAGUUGUGAUUUCUGACAAGGGGGUGAUUGUCUUCCUACACUGUUGCAUUUGAUUCUUUUUAUGUAUCUUUAAGAAAGUUAUGCUGCUUUUAAUAUUGGUCUUUUUAUUUGGGUUGGGGUUCUUCAACUGAAGCAGUGAAGUGUGUUCAUAGUGCAGAUUUUUUUCUAAUAAACACAAUUUUGCUGCUAAAGCUAUAUAAAUAAAACACAAAAGAAAACAA